GAAUUUCCGAUUCCAAAAAUACGGAUUUGUGGAAACAUCGACACAAAAUAAAGGAUGGUAAAAACUUAAGAAAGCGGUGCCGGAGUGCGAAUUCAAUAUUGCCCUACCUAAAUAUCAAAAUGUUGUUUAAAUAAAUUAUCUGUAAUGGCCUCUGUAGAUCUCACUCAUCUAUUCGCUCGUCAUUUUGAGCUUUACGAUGGAACUGAAAUCACAUUUGACCAAUCUGCUGAGGGAGAUGUCGGUUGUGUUGUUUGGGAUGCGGCCCUUGUGUUGUGUGGUUAUAUAGGCAAACAAAACUGUUUUGUUGACAGAUCGGUUUUAGAAUUGGGUGCCGGUACGGGUGCUGUUGGCUUGACUGCUGCAUAUUUAAGGUACUUUUUUUUAAAGAUUCUAAUUCUUUAUUAAUGUUCGUAGGCGUCGUAGCUCUUUUCCAGUCGCUCCGACUCCGAGCCACGGAGCCGCAUUAUUUAUUGUAAUAAAAUACUAAUCAGUCUUCUAAUUACUACUAAUAUUAUAAUUAUUAUAUUACGGCUGCUGGGAGUGCAGUUCUUUGAAGGUACGGAUUUAUUAUAAAAUUACAUUAAAAUUGAAUAUAUACUAUAUGACUAAAGUAUUAGCUUAACAUUAAAUUUAAAUUAUAAUUAUUUAAUAGUUAGUAGAUCCAAUCACAAUAACAUUUAUUUUCAUUAUGAUACAUAAAAUAAUAAUAAUAAUAAUAUAAUACAUGAUAUGAAAAUGUUUCCUCACUCAAACUAGAUUGCUGACCCCUCCUAGUCUUGGCUUGAGUCUUUUAUAAUAUAUAACAAAUAUAUAUAAUAUAAUAAUAAUAAAUUAAAGUAAAGACAUCAUAUAAUUAGCUAAUAGAUAGAGCUUCUAUUCUCUAUGAUAAUUACUGUUGUACCUUGGAAUCCUAAUUUAAUCCGUUCCUGAACCCUUUUUGAGUCGCUAGACAAUGUUUCCCCCCCUUUAGAAACUGGAUUAAUUCUUUUCUGGGUGCCACCAAAGUAAAGCCAUUUUCUUAGUUCUCAAUCCUCCCUCUACUGGUUUUAAGCUCCUUCUUUUGAGAACAGGUAAUAGGCAGGCCUUUCAGUUUUGUUUUUCCACUACAUCUUCAUGGAGGACCUUGGCUUUCUAAAAAAUUAUGGUCAUAGAAAUCACAUUACCAGCCAGCUGUUUUUCAUUAAUCCAAACUAAUUUUUUUUUUUCUUUUUUUCUUCCAUACUUUUCAAUCACCUAGAGGUCAGUGUCAUAACCCCUUUCGCCACAUCAGCUUUUUUGACAGCUUUUUAAAUUUUUCAAUAGGUACCUCUUUUAUGCUUAGCAAUAAGCUCUUUCUUAACUUCAAUUGUAUUUUUUCAGCUUUUCCCUUGCUCUUAUUUUCCUUACUACACCACCUUUUAGCAGACCCACACGUUUGUCAGCGGCCUGAGCUAGAGAUCUUCCAUUUUUCAAGUUUUAAACUAUACGCAUAUGUUUGAGUUUGAUAUACGAAAGGGGCCCAGAAUUUCCUAGGUGCGGGCCUGCCUUUUAUGACCCAUGGCGAAUAUACUUUGUUGCUACCCUGUAUUAUAUAAAAAUAACACUAAAUAAGCACAAAAGCAUCAAAUUAGCAGUCAAAAUCAUACAAGAUGCUUUCCCUUCAGCUGCAGAAAAUGAAUUGAAAUACAAAGCCUAGGCAUAUAGGUGGCCCAAGCCCUGAGGAAACAUGUGCACAAAAAUGCACCAACAAAGUUUUUAGGUGUAUUUGAAUUUUGAGCAAAAAUUUGUGUGGUUUGGAUCCUAAAGUGGUUGAAUUUCUUUGGCAUUUGGAUUCCAAGGUACCUGGUAUCAGUAUUACUUUAUUGAAAGAUGGAAAAAUUAAAAAAUAAAAGUAGGCCCACCAUCUAAGAAAGCCUAAAAUUGCUGCAAAAUAAACAAACCGAUUGAAUUGGAAUUGAUGUGAUACAAUUACUUUACUGAUUAAGGCUGCAAAAUAGGCCCACAUAAAAUUGUAUAGAAAUAGUAAAAAUACUCAUAUUCUGAACAUUUUGUUAAUUGUAAUACUUUUAAAGAAUAAUAUCUUGUAAUAUCUUGUAAUUUUACAGGGCACGAGUUGUAAUAACAGAUCUGCCAGAAUUUGUUCCCUUGUUGCAGCACAAUAUUACUUUGAACAAAAAUAAAUUGAAAGGUUCCUGUACUGCUAUGGCAUUGCCUUGGGGUGACAAAAAAUGCAUGACAGACAUCAAAGAAGCACAUUUCAGAUCGGGUGUUGACUAUAUUUUAUUAGCUGAUUGUGUUUAUUAUGAACAGGUAGGGUGAAUUAACUUGCUUGUUCAUGUCCUAGUCCUAAGAAUGCACCAGUACUGUAAAUUAUAGUCGAAAUCAAUUUAAAAACUUCAUUUAAUUAUGUACAUUCAAGUCACAUUUUCAUCUAGUUAUUAUAAUUUUAUUUUUUUAAAGAGUGGUAAGUAAAAUAGGUUCAGCACCUAUCACAGAAAAUGAUUUUUGUAAUAUUUUCAUGGAUCCCAAAUUUUUGUGUUGUAAUUAAUGUAACAUUUUUGUGUGUUUUCAGUCAUUGGAGCAGCUGAAAGAUACAAUAGAGUAUUUCUCAACAGCGCACACGACUAUACUCUGCAGUUAUGAGGAUAGAGACAUAGGAAAUAAGGCUGAAUUGCAAUCAAGAUUUUUGAAGGUUUGGCCUUAAUUAGAUAUCGGUGCCUUCAAUUUUUAAUUUAAAGACUUAUGAUUGGAUGAGAAAGCAGAAGGCUCCUGAUAUCAUUACAAAAGCUGUGUGCCAGAGUCAGUAACGCAUAUUAGUUUAAUAUAGAAGUCAUUUUACAGUAUAUGGGUAAACUAAAUAUUUAAGUCCACAUUUGUCCUCCCAACCUGGCGGAUUUAAAAAAUAUAUUCUGGUUAAGGGCUUGGGAAAGACAAUGGUUAAGUGAGAAAACCUCUUUAAAAAAAAUAAUCGAUGUGGAAAUUAACCACGGCAAAAAGAGCUUGAAUUUGAAAGGAUUUACUGUUUAUGAAUCAUGAUACUGUUGCACAAUAUGCCAUUAAUGCUCAAUUAACAGUAUGACUAUGAAUGAUGGCAACAAACAUAUAUCAUGCCCAUCUUAUUCAUUAUUUACUGUAACCGUUAUUUAAAGUUGUAGGUAAGUAAGUUUGUUAAGCCUCCUAUAAUCAAAUAAGGUGUCUCUUUAGAUUUAACAUCUGGCUAGUUUUGUCCAUGAAACAAGUCCAGGUACAAGAUUCAUCAUAGAUAAAAUUCAUUAUUUAGUAUUUAAUUUUUGUAUUUACUGUUCUUGUAAUUUCAUCAUUUUCAGAUGAUUGGUGAACAUUUUAACAUUGUUGAGAUUCCCAUGAAUUCACAUGAUGAACAGUAUUGCAGCUCUGAUAUCCACAUACUACAGUUUAAUUCAAAAAGUGAAAAAUUGAAUUAAAACUCAUAACUGAUAUUUUCUGAUUUUGAAUGUUUUUGGUUUUUUUAUUAUUAAUUUUUAAAAUAAUUUCCCUGAAAAAUGCAUUUAGGGCUAACAAAAAAGUACAUCAAUUGAUUACAUACUAAUCCGUAUCAUUCUUUUCAAACCUUUAAAAAAAAUUCUAAGAAAGAAAUCAAACUGAGGACACCUUUGAAAACAAGACAGAUCAUAGAUUGCUAUACCUGUCACAAAUCCAAACACAAUUUAUUCCUUAAUAUUUCUAAAUAGCAAUCAUUGUGCCUUAAAUUUAAUUGAAUUACUUAAAUGACGCUUUAGAACCUUAUUAAGCUCAUAAAUGAUUUGCCAUAAUAUAUAAGGCGAGGGCAAACAAUUUUUAAACCUUUAAUUUUUAUUAGUAGUAUUGAAAACAAAUCACAUUCAAUAGAUGUUUCAAUCAGGACUGCCAUUUCUAUCAUCUGUGAAACAAGAUGAAAAAGAACUAUAUUUCGUCUCUCCAAAAACAGCAUAUACAUAUCACAACUCAACUUCUUGUAUCAAUCUAGGUCCAUACAUUACAUACAAAAAAAAAACACUACUAUUUGUAAAUUAAUGUUGUAGAAAAUAAAAUUAGUACAUGCUUAACUGAUAGGCAAAUGAAUAUAUUUCAUAAAUUUAAUGUCUCAUGACUCAUACAGCAUUAUCUGGAUCAAAUCACAACUGAUUGAAGUUUAAGAGAAAAUAUCAGCCCUUGCUUUCUGAAUCUUUAUUCUUUUUCUAGAAACCUACUUUCUCCAAAACUUUCCACUAAAGAUAUGUAUGAGUAUAUAUCUUUUUAAAGUGGUCUCUAGAAUUUCAAGCAAAUAUAUUAAAUUAUGGGGCUUAUAUGAAAAUAAGUUUUGAAAAUUCCACACACACUGGCAAGCAUUAUUUACUUAAUUAUGAAUUUGUAUUACAUUUUAAAUCUGUAUCAUUUUUAAAAUGAUAGUUUCUUUCUGAAAGGCAUCAGAUUUGUCUAUUACAAUGAUAAUUUGAAGUGAAUAAUUCUGUAAAAUUUAACUGGCCCAUGAUAGAACUUCAUGCACCCUGGAAGCCUAUAGAGCAAGCCUGCACAACAAGCAGCCCGCGAGUAACAAAAUAUUAUUUAUUAUUUUCUUAAUAGCUUCCCCUCCCUGUCCUAUUUUCUUUCGGCCUGCAAAAGUUGUUCAUAAAGUAUUAUGGCCUGCCUUAUAUUUUGAGUAGUGCAGACCUGCUAGUGCUAUAGAGCCAGAAUAAUUUUGGAACCUUAAAAUCUUUGAUAUUAGCAAUUACAAGUGUGACAAUACUAAUCUUCUUUCAUUUAAGAUCACUCCCAUCACCUCUGAUUCACAUGCAGCUGGAUCUGUUGGUGAACUUGGAUACAAUAAAUCCCACAAAAUUUGCUUGCAACAUUUUUGUUAAAAACUGCAUUAUUCUUAUAUAGAAAUAAAACAAAUCAUGUACUUUACAGUAUUUAAAUGUGUUUCUACAAUUAGUCACUAAGGUAGUGUUUCUAAUAACUCAUAAACAAAAACAAUAUUUUGGGUUACUGUGAAAAUUAUUUCUAUGGUUAUUUGCAAUUGCUACCAACACUAAAGAGAUCUCGAUUUUACUUCCACGCUAACUUUAUUUUUUACAAUCUAAGUGAUCUAGUUGGUAUUGCCUUUUUUUUUUUUUUUUUUUUUUUUUUUUUUUUUUUUUUUUUUUUUUUUUUUUUUUUUUUUUUUGGUACUGUUUUAAUUCAUAUAUUAGAGAACUCAAUGAGCUUUUAGAACGUUGAAACAUACAAAAAAAUAUUACUAUUUCAUUGUCAUUUUCUCCUAAGCAUACAAUUUAAGUUUUUAAAAUAAAUAAAGCUUAAUGAUGCAUAAAAUAUUACAUUUUAAACUUCAGAAAGAAAUGACCUCCUGGGGUAUUAAAGAAAGAAUACCUUAAGACAUAAAAAGGAUAAUUGGGGUUCUUUCUUUCAUUUUUCUUUUCCCCCAAUAGUUUGUGAUAUCAGGAUCAUUAUUUUAUAGGUAAUAUUUUUAAUUAUUUAUAGUUAAACAAUGACAUCAAAGUAGCAUAGAUUCUGGUUUUUCCAUCAAACUCUUGAACUCGGCUAACCAUUGUGCUCCUACAGCUCCAUCUACAACUCUGUGGUCACAACUAAGUGUUACAGUCAUGAUGUGUGCUGUGCUGAACCUAAAAAAACAACAAAAUCAUGUGGGUUUAAAGAAAAUAAGUAGAAUCUAAAAUAAAUAAGUAGAGACUAAAAAAAUAAGUAGAAAGACAGAAAAUAUUUUUAAAAAUUAAUUUUUACUUUUAAUAGUUUUAACAUCUUGGUAUAAAAAAGUUUUUAUUAUGUGUUACUGUUAUUUUUAUUAAUUUCAAGGCUUCCACCACAUUUGUUGUUACCAUUUAUUGAAAACUCCUUUUUAACAGCAAUUUUUAAAAUUGUAUAUUAUUAUAAUUAUUUAAAUGGAAAAAGGUGAAGUUAUUUUUAAAAAAACAUUUAUCAGAAUUUCUUGCAUUUUAAUCACUAUAAGAAUAUACAUGUUUUUUAAAUG